UACCGAACUCAUCUUGUAAACGCAAUGUGAGUUUUGAGCUUGUUGUUUUCCUGUAUUUGGAAUAAAUGCACUAUAUAUACAUCCUAAAUGUAAGAAUUUAAACAUGAAACGGGGUAUGCAAUCAUUGCGCAUUGUUUUAGCUAAGAUAAAGAACGUUUAUACUAGUAAUUACUGGUAAUAGUCUAACAAUCGGCACGAUGCUAAUGAUCUAUUCCACGCAUAACUGUUUACCAUUAGCUAGUUAGUUAGCUAGCUAUGUUUCACACACGAAUACAUUCCAGUUUAUGAAGGCUAACGGUUUUUACGAAUGCUGAGGUGCAUUUUUUUCGCCGUACAGGUCACUGUAAGCAUUUUAUUUGAUUCUAUUUUUACAUGCGAGAACAGGCCCCAUUCCCAUUUAUUCAGAACAGAACAAUGCAAUAAUGUAACGGAAAUUUCAGAAAGUGCGUGGGAUUCCGCUAACCUCAGGGAAAGACAUCUCGCUAGCAUAAGUAGUAUUGAGGAUGUUACAUGGCACCCUCAAACAAUAGUUGCAGUGAUUGGCAUAGCAACCACGCAGACGCAAAAUCGUACAUGGUCUGGAGUACUUCCCUCGUCUGAAUGUUGUCAAACAGAGAUAUGCUCUGUGCCAGUUUGCGGAGGGCAGUGUCACUUUGGAGAAGAAUCUGUGGAGGUCAAGCUUCGGGAUGGAGAUGGGCGAGUCGACGGGCCUGGGCGCGUUCGGGCGCUGCGGACCGCUGAAGAGCCGCCUCUCCGCUCCUCCGCCCCGGCGGGUCCCUGGGACCACUCCCCCUUCGCCCUGAUCCGCCUCCUCGCCGACGCCAUGCCGGGGGAGGGCAGGCGGCGCUCUCUCGCCCGGCACAAAAACAUUCGCAGUUUGGCAAAACCUCCAACCUUCGGGCUCAUGUUUAAGAAAUGCGCGCAGGUGGAUACUGCGAAGGAGUUCCCCCUGGUGACCUUUUUCCUGCUGAUCAACAACACUGGGAUGCCUGCUGCCACUGAUCUGUCCCAGCUGGGCAUUCAGGAUGCUGUGUCCGGCCUCUCCAUAGUAAAUAACAGCGGGGCUGUGGUGGAGAAAGGCUUCCAGUCCUUCACCUCUGACUCUCUGUCAGCGGGAUCUCUGUACAUUGUGAAGUACACCGCGCUGGUGAAAGGCCACAGGAACCAGAUACUGGCUCUGCCGGCCUACCUGACCUUCUCCAACGCCUCGCAGAAUGACAUCAAUUUGUUUGGUCCUCUGGUGGCGAAUUUUACCUUGAGGGUGACCUCUGCGGAAAAGAUUUGGCCCCAUCACAGUUUGCACUUGGCGGGCUUUGUCGGGGCGUUCCUGCUGUCCGCUCUGGUGCUCAGCCUGGUCCUCACCAUCAUCAGCCGGAUCCGUGCCGCUGCCAAAAAGCACCCUCUCCAGCAAAGGAAAAACAGGGCUGUUCUGAGUGGAGAUGUCGACCCAGAGUACGCCACUUGCAACAUCAGCGAGACGGCCAAAGAGGAGGCUGCCUUCGAGGACAAAAUGGUGGACAUCAUGGUGUUGGAGGACCCCCAGAACAUGUACCAGGCCUUAGAGAACCUGGACAUGUCGAACCUGCUGCGGGCGGCCUCCAGCCUGGAGAGCGUGCGCGUGCAGAUGCACAAGGACGUGGGCGCGGCGCUGCUGCGCCGUCUGCGUCUGCGCGGGCUGCUGUCUGCGCAGGCGGAGCGGAGGCUGCUCAGCGUGCUCCAGGGCCAGCUCAUGGGCAUGGAGGGCAAGCUGAAGGAGGAGCACGUGGCCCGCAUGGCCGCCCUGGCCGGGCAGUGCAACAUGGAGACCCGCCAGGAGAUGGAGGCCGAGCACAGGAGGGAGGCCAGCGAGAAGGACCGGGCCGGGCUGCUCUUCCAGCACGCUGACCAGCAGGCGGUUCUGGAGUGCAGUGUCCUCCUGGACAAGCUGCACAAGCUGGACCAGAGCCACCUGCAGAGGGGCCUGCUGGUGCGGCACGAGGAGGCCUCGGCCCAGGUCCAGAGGCAGGUGGUGGUGAGGCGCCGCGUGGAGCUCCACAAGAUCUUCUCCGAGGAGCUGGAGGAGGCCACCAGGAUGGGCGAGAUGGAGAGGAACGUGGCCACCGACCUGCUGCACGACUACUUCACCUGUCAGGACCAGCUGGAGGAGGUGCUGGACGUCUUCCUGGCCACUCACAGGAGUGUUCUCGGAGAGCGCCAUGCCCAGCGACAGUUUCUGGUGCACAGCCUUCAAAGCCUGAAGAGUCUGAUCUGCGAGGUGUUCGCCAAGACGUCCGGCCAGGUGGAGGACUGGUUCCGGGACCUGAGGAGGGAGGCGGGCGUGGCAGAGGAGCAGCUGACCCUGCUCCUGGAGAAGGCUCAGAAGGAGCUGCUCCUGGUGAGGCAGGGCCUGGACGAGGCUCUAAGUCGGGAGAGGAGUGCCAUGCGCUGCGGCCUGGUGAAGAAGAGGAGAGGCCUCAUCUCCGACAAGCUCCAGGAGCACAAGCAGAAACAGAAGGAGCUGUCGCUUCUGUCCCGGGGCUGCGAGGAGGGUUUGGACCCGGCCCACUACCUCCUCUCCUGGCAGAACCUCCUCAUCGCCCAGUGUCUGGAGCUGGGAGAGCUCAUCAACAACCUGGACGAGGAGGCGGCCGCUGAUAUCCGCAAGGUGACCAUGCGGGCGAUCCACAGCGCGGUGGCGGAGGUGAAGGGGCUCCAGCCGGGCCUGGCGCAGGCUCUGGUGGGCCUGGGGGCCCCGCGCCUCCUCCUCCUCCUGCAGCAGGAGCUGGUGGGCGGGGCCCUGGUGGAGGCGCAGGAGCGGCUGCAGCAGGAGGGCCAGGCGGCGGUGCGCACGCUGCAGAGCACGCGCGACGCGCUGCAGGACCGCAUGGAGCUGGAGCUGCAGGAGCAGCAGGCCCUGCGCCAGCGCGCUCGCCUCUACUUCCAAGCCCUGUGUGAGGCCCAGCUCACUCUCUCAGAGGAGGAGCUGCUCCAGAUGAAGCUGGAGUUCCAGAAGUGCAUGUCCCAGUUGGACCUGUGCCUGGUGCUGCCCCGCGCCCUGUCCCGCUCCCGGCUGCAGGCCUUCCUGUCCCGGUGGAGGAAGGACACCCUGGAGAGGUCGCAGCUUGGCCUGGGACCGGCCCCGCCCUCCGAGAAGCAGGCGGAGAAGAAGUCCAGAGUGAAGGUGGCAGCCCCAGAGCCCUGUCAGAGCCCGGGCCUGUCAGACCUGCUGCUCUUCCAGAAACAAACAGAGGAGAAGAUCCAGGUCUACGAGCGCGAGAAGGAGAUGGAGCGCGCCGCCAUGAAGAAGGUGCUGGAGGAGAUGCACAGCGAGCGGGAGCUGGAGCUCAGGGCUCAGGAGGAGAGCCUGGCCGUGCAGACAGCAGCUCUGCACUUCCAGAAGGCGGAGAAGAGAGGCAGGGUGCUGGAGACGUAUGGAGCCCUGCUCACCCUGCAGACCCUGCUGGUGGAGAACAUGAGAGCUAAUGGCACCCUGGGAGGGACCGAGAUACCCCACUGCAUUCACAACCACGGCCUGGGUCUGGAGGAGGCGGAGCUGGUCCUGCGGAGGGAGAAGGCCGAGUGGGAGGUCCUCUCCACGGCGCAGGCCCGAGAGACCGCCCCCGAGGACUCCGACGACGAAGACGACCGCGAGGAGGAGGAGGACGAGGAGGAGGGCGGAAUGUUCCGCGUGAACCAGAACUGCAGGAUUGCGGUCAGCCUCCAGGAGGCGCUAGAGAAGCGCGAGGUGAUCUGGAGCACGCUGGUUGAGAGCAUGAGGGAAAAGGACACCAGGCAUCAGGUGAUGGAGGAUCUAAAGGACCAGCUGGAGUUUAAGAGGCUACACAUGCAUCUUGAUCAGGACCUGGAGUUCACCGCAGACCUGCUGAAGCGCGGCCAGACGUCGGCGGCCGUCGUCUUGGAGACCCUGCGCCUCCUGCUCCCCACUGCCCCCGAGCCUGACCUGCUGUCCCUGGCCGACGCCCUCUGCCCCAAACAGGCGGCGGCCCCGCCCUCCAGUGAGCGCGACAGAGGGUGGGCCGACGGAGCUCGGAACUCCCUCCUGGCGAGACUGAGGGGUGACAUCACGAGCCAGAACGUCUGGACGGGCCUGCGGGACAGAGAGAGGGACAGGACGGUGAAGAAGAGGCAGAGGCUGAUGGGAAAGCUGUUCUCUGAGUGCGGUGCGGAGAGUUCCAGAAGCCCCCGGCACGUCUCGGUGGUGGGGAAGUGUGGGGAUGUCACGGGCGGUGCUGAAGUCUCUGCCAGCGGGAUGCUCGCCCCCGCGGGGACCGACCCGUCUGCAACCACCCCGACCCCUGUCCCAAACCUGACCCUAAACCCUGCUCCUCCUCCUGCUCCUGCUUCAACCCGUAACCCUGCCCCAGACCCUAACCCCACCCUAAUCCCCAGCCAUGUGUGGGACGUGCCUCACACCGGGGAGAAGGUGUUCGUCUUCCGCUGCCAGCUCGAGGCCCAGGACUCCACGGACCGGGCUGGCGGGAAGAAGGUGAAGAAGAGGAACUUCCUCAACUUCAAGAAGGGCUCCGUCGCUCCUCAGGACCAGUGA